UCGGGGCGGGCAGAGGCCGCCGCUCCCCCCGCGCCGCCGGUCGCGGCCCGUCCCGGCCCCGCCAUGGCCGCCCCCGCCGCCGGCCCCGCCGCCCCGCCACCCCGCCUCGGCAUCCAGAUGCUGCUGGAGGCCGCCGAGUUCCUGGAGCGGCGGGAGCGAGAAGCCGAGCACGGUUACGCCUCGCUGUGGCCCGGCGGGAAGGACGGCGAGGCCCCGCGGCGCCGCGCCAAGGCCCGGAGGAGCGGCGGCGGCGGCGGCAGGUCGACACACAAUGAGAUGGAAAAGAACAGGCGUGCCCAGCUGCGGCUGUGCCUGGAGAGGCUGAAGGGGCUGGUGCCGCUGGGGGCGGCGGCCGGGCGGCACACCACGCUCAGCCUGCUCACCAGGGCCCGCCUCCACAUCCAGAAGCUGGAGGACCAGGAGCGCCGGGCCCUGCACCAGAUCGAGCAGCUGCAGCGGGAGCAGCGGCACCUGCAGCGGCAGCUGGAGAAGCUGGGCGUGGAGCGGCUCAGGAUGGACAGCAUCGGCUCCAGCCUCUCCUCGGAGCGCUCCGACUCGGAGCAAGGUGAGAAACCCCCCCGGGGCACAGGAGCAGGGAGGCCUGGCCCCGCCACGGCCCCAACCCUGCCCGUUGCCCCGGCAGAAGAGAUGGACGUGGACGUGGAGAGCACGGACGACCUGCCGGCCGAGCUGGACUGGAGCAGCAGCAGCCCCAGCGACUCGGACGAGCGCGGCAGCCUGCAGAGCCUGGCCAGCGACGAGGGCUACUCCAGCUCCGGCGGCGCCCGGGCCAGGCUGCCCGGCGGCCACAAGCUUCCCGCCGGCGUUUAGGGAGCUCUCCCCGGCUCCGUGCCCUCGGGAAUCCCGUUAGCCAGCACAGCGACCCCGCCAGCGCUCCCUGCACGGAACCCUCCCAAAGCCCGGCUGCUCCCGGGGCUCCGGCCUCUCUGCUCUGCUCUGGAAUGUUCUGGCAACAGCAGCGACCUCAGGAGCUGGCACUGCCCGGUGUUCCCCGUCUCUGGCGUGCUCCUGGCUCUCAGGACGUUUUCAGGUGUUUUUUUGGGAGCAGACCCCUCGAGGAGCCGGAGUUUGUGGAUUUCCAUCCUUCCAGCCUCAGUCGCGGCUCCUGGCCCCGACUCUAAAUCUUCAGGGAGCCCGUGCCAGCCCCGCCGUGCUCCCGGAGCGUUCCCGGCCGGGCUCGGGGCCGUGCCCAGCCCCGGGGUCCAGGUGCCCCUCCUGGAACGUGGCACGGCCCUCCAGACUCCUGCAAUUCCCUUCCCGCACCCUCGGGGACCUUUUCUUCUACCUCGGAGGGAGCCCAGGGCCUCUCUCCACCCCUUCAGCACAAAGGUGAUGCCUCUGCUCAGCAAUAACCCCGCGGGAUUUCCCGGCUCCGUCCUCCCAGGAUUGCUCCAGGCUCGUGGAAGGUUCCAGAAGCCCCCAGAGGGAGGGCAGGGGGUUCCCAGCCGUGGUGUGGAUUCAUUUCCCAGUGCCCCGGAGGGAGCAUUCCCACCCCUCCCUGCUCCGGAGGUGCUCUGGGAAUGUUGGCGUGUAGAGAGCUCUGCUUCCAGCACCUUCCUUUUCCCCUGGGGCUGCUCCAGGGCUUUUCCAGGCCCUCCCGGGGCUGGGAUGGAGCCCCGACCCUCUGCCGGUGCCUCUCAGGAAAUGCAGGUGCUGGAAGGCUUCAGAUGCUCCGUGGAGUGCAAGGGGAUGGAGGAGCAGCAGGAGACUCCAGUGCUUUUUCCUUUCCUUUGUCCUUUCCCUUCCUUUUUUCUCCCCCCCUUUUUUUUUCUUUUUUUUUUCCUUCCCCCCCCUUUUUUUUUCCUUUUCUUUUUCCUUUCCUUUGUCCUUUCCCUUCCUUUUUUCUUCCCCCCGCCUUUUUUCCUUUUCUUUUUCCUUUCCUCCUUUCCUCCUUUCCUCCUUUCCUCCUUUCCUCCUUUCCUCCUUUCCUCCUUUCCUCCUUUCCUCCUUUCCUCCUUUCCUCCUUUCCUCCUUUCCUCUUUUCCUCCUUUUUUCCUCCUUUCCUCCUUUCCUCUUUUCCUUUUCUUUCUUCCCUUUUCCCCUUCUCCUCCCUCCCUUCUUUUCUCCUUUUCUCUUCCCCUUUCCCCCUUUCUCAUUUUCCCCCUUCCCUUCUUGCCACCCCAAUCCCAAUCCUGGCUCACAUGGGGACGUGGGGAAUCACCCACAAGCCCCACAAAUUGCCCAAAUCCCCCAGGUUUCGGCUCUUUUUUUUUUCCAUGUGCUGGCUCAUAAGAGGAAAAAAAAAAACAAA